CUGAUUUUAUAAAGACAUCUACAGGAAAGGAAGUGGAAAACGCGACCUUUCCAGUCGGAGUAGUCAUGAUGCGAGCCAUUAGAGAAUUCUACUGGCAGACUGGCCACAAGGUUGGAUUUAAACCUGCUGGGGGCAUUCGGACAGCAAAAGAAGCUAUUACUUGGCUUAUGCUGGUGAAGGAGGAACUGGGAGUGGAGUGGCUAACACCAGAGCUCUUCCGCCUGGGUGCCAGUAGUUUGUUGGAAGACAUUGAGAAACAGAUUUUCUAUCACGUGACUGGCUCUUACGCACUUCAGCAUGACCUGGCAAUGGCUUAGGCACAAAAUCAACUCAGGAUUGCUUUUACAAAAGAGGGUCUUUAAGCAAACAGCAUUCAGAAGUCUUCUGACAACCAAGUGCAUACGACAGAAUUAAAGGCCUAAUUCUCCCAUCUUCAUAUUUUAUAAUAUUCAAAAAUAUGCUCCAGUCUUCCGGUUGCACUUGAUCCAAAAGCAGACAAAAUAGUUAAAUAGUUAAUACUUGCAGAUUUGCGAAGUUAAUCUUGCAAAGUCUUCCUCAGACCAGCCUGAAAAGCAUAUUAAUGGCAACACUGCAAUACUAUGAAAAAGAUUUAGGUGGCCUGGUAACACUUCGCAGUCGCAGAAUAUGAAAUAUCUAUGGAAUGUUUCAGAUCGUAAUUAAGAGCUACAGAUCUUGGAAUAGCUUUCCAUUCACCUCAGACAAAAUCAUCUGCCAUAUGUGUUGCACUAUUAAUUGUUAUGUUGAUUCAGUUUCAAGCAUUGUAACCUGAGAAAAUGAUACUUGGCUAUUACUUUCUUUUAUAAAAUGUCUCUUGUAGCAAAAAAAA